CACCAAACGACAUAUCUUAUACCAGCUCAGAAUCAUGGAACGCUAUUUACGGAAAUCGCGUAGCGCCGGGAGGGAUUCACCGUAAGUUACCCCUAUUCCUAGUUUUAAGUGGAGCCGUAUUGGUCCUUGUCCAUACCAGCAUCUGCGAAAGAAAAUAUCUCACAAAUGUGCAACAUAACAGUAGACCGUAAUCUCCCCAAAGAACCCGAUCUCGACUUCUACGGCGCACUCGGAUUAUUCAGCGCGGACGGCGAAGGCCAUGCCCGUCAACGGCGACAACUCGCGCCCGCGUUCUCCGAAAGAGCACUACGCGAGCAAGAACCCCUAAUAACACGUUAUGUCGACCGAGCCAUGUCGCGUUUUAGCGAAAACGCAGAAGCCAGAAAACCGAUCGACUUAUCGGGUUGGUUCAAUUACAUCACCUUCGACAUAAUCGGGGACCUAAUGUUCGGGCACGACGUAUUCGAAUGCGUCGAAAAAUCGCGCUUCCACCCGCUAGCCUCCGAGCUCCUCACCCGCUUCGAGAUCCUCACAUACGCCAUCGCCAUCCAAAGCAUAGCACCCUGGCUCUUCUCCAUCCUCAAGUCCCUAACACCAAGACGGAUAGCGGAAAAGCAGCGGGCGCAAGCCACCUCCAUCAAAGCCAUGGUAAACAAACGAUUACAAACACCAACCAACCGCCCCGACUUCACAACCCUCAUCCUCCGCAGCACCCCCAAAAACGAGCCUUCCCUCCUCGAAACCGGCGAAGUCUAUCCCACAUCCGCGCAAAUCCUGCUCGCGGGCAGCGAAACCGUAGCCACGGCCCUGUCAGGCUGCGUAUCCCUCCUCCUGCAAAACCCCCCGGUCAUGCGCAAACUCACGCACGAAAUCCGCACCGCGUUUUCGUCGGAAAGCGAGAUAAACUCCUCCACUUUACCCCGCCAGAAGUACCUCCUCGCCGUCCUCACAGAGGCCAUGCGACUGUACCCCCCCAACCCGAAUUUCCUCCGCCGCUGCACGCCCGCGGACGGGUGCGUGAUCCUGAACCGCUUCGUGCCGGGCGGGACGGCGGUCGGGGUCACGGCGUUCGCGGCGUAUCGCGACUCAGCGCGGUUCAGGGAUGCGGGGGAUUUUGUGCCGGAGAGGUGGUUGGGGGGUGGUGAGCGGUAUGCGGGUGAUGAGUUGGAUGGUGUGCAGCAUUUUGGGGUUGGCCCGUUGAGUUGUAUUGGGGUUAAUUUGGCGAAUUUGGAGCUGCGGAUGAUUUUGGCCCGGCUGCUUUGGAGGUUUGAUGUUGAGUUGGUGCCGGGGGGUGGGGAUUGGUUCGAUCAGAAGGCGUUUGUGAUUUGGUUUCGACGGCCGUUGCUUGUUAGGUUGGUGCCGAGGGACAUGAAGACUGCGGAAUAAUUGUUAGGGUGGUUUUGAGAGGGUGAUGAAGGCAAUUUGCGCUCUUCAAUCGCUGAAUACAGCCCUAUUAACGAAGUAAUAGUGAUCUGCCCGCUGAGUUUUAGUGUGUGACUGCU